UCGAGAUCAACACCCCAGUCCGCGAGAUGGCGGUAAUGCUCCUGAACGCUAGUUGUAUUUCAACUCAAACAAGAACAAGAAGGCGAGUGUACCGACGUUGUGUGGCUAAUUACCGCUUUGUUGUAAAAACGUAUUUAGUUUUGUGUGCUCCCAUAUUUGACGCCUUAAUAUAUAUAUAUAUCUCUCGAGUGCUUUUGACGCUACUGUAUGAAAUAUGGAGACAAUUUUAGAGCAGCAACGUCGCUAUCAUGAAGAGAAGGAGAGAUUAAUGGAUGCUAAAACUAAAGAAGUACUACACAAGAAAUCGACGUUGCGGGAACAGAUCAAUUCUGAUCAUCGGACAAGAUCUAUGUUGGAUAGGUAUAUGGAAGUGAGUGCUAAUCUCAGAGACUCGUAUGAAGACAAAGAUGGAAUGAGGAGGGAUGAGCUUGCUGCAAUCUCGGGUCCCAAUGAAUUUACAGAGUUCUACAACAGAUUGAAACAGAUAAAAGAGUUUCAUAGAAAACACCCAAAUGAAAUUUCCAUUCCGAUGGCUUCAGAGUUUGAAGAACUGAUGAAAGCCAGAGACAACCCUAGUGACGAAGCUCAGAAUAUAGUGGAAUUUACGGAUGAGGAGGGAUAUGGCCGCUACCUCGACCUCCAUGACUGCUACCUGAAGUACAUAAACUUGAAGGCAGCCGAGAAAACUGAGUAUAUCACUUACCUGUCAUCAUUCGACCAGCUAUUUGACAUUCCCAAAGACAGAAAAAAUGCCGAAUAUAAAAAGUAUUUGGAGAUGCUACUAGAGUAUCUGCAAAACUACACAGACCGAGUGAAACCUCUACUUGACCAGAAUGACCUCUAUGAUAAAGUGCUGUCAGACUUUGAGAAAAAGUGGGAGAGUGGUGCAUUUCCAGGGUGGCCUAAAGAGACAAGUAGUGCUUUAACACACGCUGGAGCUCACCUGGACCUUUCAGCUUUUUCAUCUUGGGAGGAGUUGGCUUCCUUAGGUCUGGACAGGUUAAAGUCUGCUCUUCUGGCAUUGGGUCUUAAAUGUGGAGGGACUCUUGAAGAGAGAGCUCAGCGACUCUUCAGCACCAAAGGCAAAUCUUUGGAAUUGCUGGAUCCUUCACUGUUUGCCAAAAAUCCCAAAGCUAAAGGUCCCAAGAAAGACAUAGAGCGAAACAAGGAAAUUGGGUUUCUGGAGGCUCAGCUCUAUGAGUAUGUUGAAAUCCUUGGUGAUCAGAGACAGCUUACGCAUGAAAAUGUGCAGAGAAAGCAAGCCAGAACUGGGGAGGAACGUGAAGAAGAGGAGGAGGAGCAGUUGAGUGAGAGUGAAAGCGAAGAUGAAGACAAUGAGAUAAUCUACAACCCUAAGAAUUUGCCGCUGGGCUGGGAUGGCAAGCCAAUUCCAUACUGGCUCUAUAAACUCCAUGGCCUGAAUAUCAACUACAACUGUGAAAUCUGUGGAAACUACACUUACCGAGGACCCAAAGCUUUUCAGCGACACUUUGCGGAAUGGAGGCAUGCCCAUGGUAUGCGCUGUCUUGGAAUCCCCAACACUGCCCACUUUGCCAAUGUCACACAGAUUGAGGAUGCCGUCUCUUUGUGGGCAAAACUGAAGUCCCAAAAGGCCUUAGAGCGUUGGCAACCUGACACAGAGGAAGAGUAUGAGGACUCUAGUGGAAAUGUAGUCAAUAAAAAAACAUAUGAGGAUCUCAAGAGACAAGGAUUACUGUAGUUAUCAAUGCUAUUUUACCAAGGUAUUAGUCCAUUUUUUGGUAUCCUUUUGGAUUUGGACCCACUCUCUAUUCCCCAUCUUUUUGUAAUUCAGAAAUUUUUGUUCAUCAAAAUAAAGAUAUUUUCGCCCCUCUAACAAUUUUUUUCUCCAGUGUUUUGAGGUGAUGUAUUUCAAUAGAUGAAUUGGCAUGUUCUAAAAUAUUACUUUUGUCAGACCUCUCUUGUAAAUUACAAGAACAAUUUUACUAACUAUAAUGGCAAACUUUUUUUACUCACUACCAUGCAUUUCAUUUCAAAUGUGCAUGUGCAGCAAUGCGAGGCUGUGUAGCAGUAAUUAACACAUUGCUGUUCAAAUCUCAGGUUUGUGAUGUAAAAGAAUCAGACCAAAAUAAAUUAAACUUUUUCUACCUCAGUGUUACCCAUGAGCGAUUGUAGGAUACACUCUAUACAGCAGAGCUCAUCCAACACAAUACAGUAAUCCCUCGUUUUUCACGGUUAAUGGGAACCAGACACCCCCCCGCAAAAUGUGAAAAACCGCAAAGUAGGACCACCCAUCGCCCCCCACCGACACACAGAACCCAGGAAUUCUCAUGUACAUGUAUCUGGGUACCAGAAUGAUUAAAUAUAUAUACAACAGUAUUUAUAGUUUACAUAGUUGAUACUAAGAUUACAACAGUAUACAUAUUUACUUAAAUCUUUACUUAUAAAACCUUUGUUAAUAUUUCCUACAACAGUUGCCUGACUGGUCGGAAACACAGGGGAGACAUAUGCACGCACACACAGCAAAGGAGAGGCUCGUUAGAGGCUUUAAGUUCACUCACCUGCAGCAUUACGACAUGAUCGUAAACUGGUCCUUGAAGAAGUAUGCAUAGCUGUCUUCUUCCAAAAAAGGGCAUUUUCAUCCAAGUUAAAAACGUGCGCCCGCCAUCUAGGAAACUCUUUUUCCACUACUGACGAGCAGCACCAUGCAGAUGCACGUUUCUGAUGCUGCAUAUAUUUUUUUAAUUAUUUGAACCAGCCUUUUCUGGUCAAAAAGCCUCUUCCUCGAGUGUGAGAAAGACAAUACAGGGUCCAAUAAAGUGAAAAGUCCCCUGUCCAGAGCCCUGGAGGACAUCCCAGUAGGUCCCGCGGUGCCCGCGCCAUUUUCUGCACAAAGUGGUUGAUUCCUCCUUAUGUGUCCCUAAAAGGGGUGCCCGUGGCGUGACCACCUCUUGGGAGCCGCAAAGGAAGCUUUCGCUUGGCUACAACACUGAGGUGGUACAGUAUUGCAACUACAUAAUCAAAAAAUGUGAUCGCUUAAAAAAAAAAAAAAAAAAAAAUUAUCACAAACAUAAGACUAA